CGCGUACAUAUAAAGGAAAUUUUAUUGAUCUACCCAUAGAAUGUAGUUGUUUAAAGAUGUGCGCAAGGAUUAUUAUGUAAGAGAUCUUGAAUUUUUGUUUGUCGUGCGCCAUUAUCCGCAUAAAGUAGUAAUGUUAGGUUGCAUGAACACAAGUGAUUAAAUAAUACUUGUGUUUUGUGCACCAUACUGAUUUAGUGUGAGUUGUACAGGUUCAUUGUGAUGCAUAUAAGGACGGUUUGAGAUAGUGAAUUAGUGAGCUCUUUUGUCUGUACGAUGAAUGUUUCUGUUGUACAUUGUUUGUUCUCUUAUUUCCUAGAAUGGGAUAGCUGAAGAGUAUGGUGUUUAUAAUUGGGAGCAGGGUAUGAUUUUUAUGGUUAUGUGUUCAUUCUUGUUGCUCAGAUCCAUCAGGUUUUAGAGUUAAUUGCAAAUGCAGUUCUAUGGCUGGAACAUACUUCCUCCGUCCUAAUUUAUAGUGCUUGUUCAUUAUUCACAGUGGGUCAAAACUAUUUACUUUCAUUAUCUAUUUUUGUUAGUAAUUUGAUAAAAUAAAGUACUAUUGUAACGACUAGUUUUGUAGAUAUUUUGAUGUAGUAUUUUAAUAUGUAAUUCUAUCAUUUUUAUAUAAAAUAAUUUCAGUCACUAUAAAUUGGACGGAGAGAGUAGUUGCUUUGUGUAAUUUUCUACUCCCUCUGUCUCACUAAACUUUUCUGAUCUAGACUUUGAAAAUAUAAAACAAAAAAGUCCGUUUUCACUGAAACCUAUAAAACCUCCAGAACAUCUCCAGCUCCAUUUCUGCAUACUAUCCGCAGUAAAGGCUUCUUCUUUAUCAAGAAAUCCUGCAGAUCUGCUGCUUUCUUCAGGGGCGGAGAGAUUUUUGAGUCCGCAUGAAAUCUUGAAUCGGGCAGAGAUAGACGGAGGCGAUGAUGGGCAAUGGGGAUCUGUUCAAAUCCUCGACGCUCAUCAAAAUGGCCGCCCUGGCUUCCUUAGCCGUCGCUUUCUUCUACUUCGGCAAGCACUGGUCGUACGGCCGACAGCCGCCGCUCGUCUUCUUCAAUUCCCGCCAAUACACUUCUCCUUCCGCCGGUUCGGGUCCUGCCGUUCUGCUCUCCCCUAAUUUCAACAAAACCUUCGAUUUGUCUUCUGUCAUAAACGAAACCGCCACGGACAGUGUCCAGCAGCAGCUCGAGGAAGAGGAGAAGCAGAAACAGCAGCUGGAUGUGUCCCCUCCUCCCCCGCUGCAUCCGCCACCUCCCCCGGCGUUUCAGAGAAUGGGGGUGGUGGACGAGAAUGGAGUGAUGACGGAAGAGUUUGAGGUGGGGGUGUUCGAUGCGGACGUAGUGGACAAUUGGGGGCAAGGGAAUGAGACGAAUGGGGAUGAGAGGGAGGAAGGGAAGAGUGUUAGGGUUAGUAAGUUUCCAUUGUGCUCAAAUAGCUUCAGAGAAUACAUACCUUGCUUAGACAAUGCCGAGGCCAUUCAGAAAUUGAAAUCCACUGAGAAAGGAGAGAAAUUUGAGCGGCAUUGUCCCGACAAAGACAAGGUCUUGAAUUGCUUGGUUCCUGCACCUAGAGGUUACCGAGCUCCCAUUCCAUGGCCCAGAAGUCGCGAUGAGGUUUGGUUCAGCAAUGUCCCACAUGCUCGCUUGGUUGAAGAUAAAGGAGGCCAAAAUUGGAUUGCUAUAGACAAGGAUAAGUUUAAGUUUCCUGGAGGUGGUACUCAAUUCAUUCACGGGGCAGAUCAGUACUUGAAUCAGAUUGAAGAGAUGGUCCCUGAAAUUGCAUUUGGGCGCUAUACACGUGUUGCUUUAGAUAUUGGCUGUGGUGUGGCAAGCUUUGGUGCUUAUCUACUAUCACGUGAUGUGCUCACCCUCUCAAUUGCUCCAAAAGACGUCCAUGAAAACCAGAUUCAGUUUGCACUUGAGCGUGGUGUACCUGCCAUGGUGGCUGCUUUUGCUACGAGGCGUUUAUUAUAUCCGAGCCAGGCAUUUGAGUUGAUUCAUUGUUCUAGAUGCAGGAUAAAUUGGACACGUGAUGAUGGUAUUUUGCUACUUGAGGUCAACCGGAUGCUUCGCGCAGGAGGCUAUUUCAUUUGGGCCGCACAGCCUGUUUAUAAACAUGAACCAAACUUAGAAGAACAGUGGGAAGAGAUGGUUAAUCUUACAAACAAUCUUUGCUGGAGACUUGUGAAGAAGGAAGGUUAUAUUGCAAUAUGGCAGAAGCCUUUAAAUAACAGCUGCUAUUUAAACCGAGUGGAAGGGAGUCAUCCACCAUUAUGUGGACUAGAUGAUGACCCAGACAAUGUCUGGUAUGUUGAUUUGAAAGCAUGCAUUACAAGACUACCGGAGGAUGGGUAUGGUGCAAAUGUGACGAAUUGGCCUGCACGUCUUAAAGAUCCUCCAGAUAGGCUGCAAAGCAUAAAAGUUGACGCUUAUAUAUCUAGAAAAGAGCUUUUCAGGGCUGAACUGAAAUACUGGGUUGAAAUAAUUGAAGGCUAUGUCCGUGCAUUGCAUUGGAAGAAGUUCAAACUUAGAAAUGUGUUGGACAUGAGAGCCGGUUUUGGAGGAUUUGCUGCAGCACUGAUUGAAGCCAAGUUUGAUUGUUGGGUUCUGAAUGUGGUUCCAGUCAGUGGACCAAACACUUUACCUGUUAUAUAUGACCGUGGACUUAUUGGGGUUUUGCAUGAUUGGUGUGAACCGUUUGAUACAUACCCAAGAACAUAUGAUUUCUUGCAUGCUAAUGGCCUCUUUUCCAUUGAGCGGAAAAGAUGCAACAUUUCCACCAUCAUGCUUGAAAUGGAUCGGAUAUUGAGGCCGGGCGGGCGGGUAUACAUCCGCGACUCUGUUGCGGUCGUGGAUGAGCUUCGGGAGGUUGGGAAUGCUAUGGGUUGGCAUGUCACAGUACGAGUGACAUCAGAAGGCCCUCACGCCAGCUAUAGGAUCUUGACCGGUGACAAACGCCUUUUGCGAGCCUGAAGUAGUAGAAAGAUUCUGAUGAUUACAUUCAUUUCCAAGAAAGAUGGAAGUAACUAACAAGUAACAACUACUACUAUACUAUUCCUUGUUUCAAUCACAGCUGUGUUCAUGUGCUGCAUAUCGUAAAUAUUUGGCCUGCAACGUGUAAUAUCUUUACUGCGGGAGGGUUCUUUUGGAAGUCAAGAACUCAUUUGCUGCAAACCCGAUUUGAUAUCCUUCUGUGUUUCUUUUGACUCCCAAUGCCUAAGCAUUCGUGCGCUACAAUAGUUUCGUCUCUCCCCUUCCCCUCUCACCAAUGUCAAACAACAACAAAAAUCAUUUUGGUCAUCAAAUUUUCAUGUGUGUGUCUUGUAUUUUACCAUCUGUUUGUUCUGUUGGAAUAUGUAUUUCUCUUUGGUUUCUCUCCUUUGGAUUUCUGUGGGUUUUAA